ACAUAAAGCUUAAACAAUAUAAUUUAAUUACUCCCAACUUCCACUUGUAGAAAUACAUUAUCAUCAUCAAUAUCUACCCUUUCUUAAUAUUAUUCUUUGCCGUCCAAUGUUCUUCACGGCUUUAUGCAAUAAUUUUCCUUUUGCCUUCAUCCUUUGUUGUUCUUUUUAUCUGAUAUCCUAUGGACGUUUUGAUUACCCAACUGCAAAUCUUUCUACAACUUGGGUCAAUAGUUUUUCUUUUCCAUAUUCGGUGAAUUUCACUGAUGACUCAAUGGCAACGGCUAUACUAGCCAGAGGGACACUUGGUCCAAGAUAUGCUUGUGGUUUCUACUGUAAUGGCAAUUGUGAAAGUUACCUUUUUGCCAUCUUCAUUGUGCAAACCAACAGUAUUGCCCGUAUGACUUUACCCACCAGUGGAUUCCCCCAAGUUGUUUGGUCUGCUAAUAGGAAUAAGCCAAUCAAGACCAAUGCUACUUUGCAGUUUACAGCAGAAGGAGACUUGGUGCUUAGAGAUGCUGAUGGUACUUUGGCUUGGUCUACAAACACUGCUGGGAAAUCUGUUGCUGGAUUAAACUUGACCGAUGAGGGGAAUCUUGUUUUGUUUGAUUCCAACAAUGCGACUGUUUGGCAAUCUUUUGAUCACCCAACUGAUGCUUUGGUUCCAGGGCAGAAGUUAGUAUCAGGGAUGAAACUAACAGCAAGUGUUUCAAGAACAAACUGGACCGAGGGAGGUUUGUUUGCCUUCGCUGCUACCGAUGAUGGUUUGGUUGCUUUUGUACAGUCAAAUCCUCCCCAAACAUACUUUGAAAGAUCUAUUGAGGGGUUGAAUGCUAGUGGAGGCUCCAAUUAUGUUAUGUACUUGAAUGGAAGCUUAGCUUUAUUCUCAAAUUCAAAUAAUUUUAAUGAUCCACUGGUUACUUUUCCUCCAGCAAAAAAAGUAUCUUCUGCUCAAUAUAUGAAGCUCGAGUCCGAUGGACACUUGAAAGUGUACGAGUGGAACAUUAUCUGGAAUGAGAUCUUUGAUGUAAAUGGCUAUUUAGGUGCGUGCACUUACCCCAUGGUAUGUGGAAGAUAUGGCAUUUGCUCAAGGGGGCAAUGUAGUUGUCCCAAAUCAAGCUUGAAUUCAACUAUUUAUUUCAGACAGAUAGACGAUAGGCAGGCUGAUCUAGGUUGCUCUGAGAUCACAAGGCUGAAUUGUAAUGAAUCAAAUAACCACACAUUCUUGAAACUUCAAGACAUAAACUAUUUCGCGUUUACUGCAGAUCUGGAAAACAUAGAUAUGAAUACCUGUAAAGAUGUAUGUUUGAGGAACUGUUCCUGCAAAGCUGCUUUCUUUCGUAGUGGUUUAAACUCUUCCACGGGUGAGUGCUAUCUACCAUCCGAGAUCUUUUCACUAAUGAAAACCGAGGAUAGGACAAGGUAUGGUUCCUAUGCAUUUAUAAAAGUACAGGUUAAAGCUGAACCAGAUGCUGCAAAAGGGAAAAAGUACAUUAAUGGUGCUACACUGUACUCUGUCAUAGGACUUUCCAUCUUAGGCAUCAUAAUUGGAAUUGCAGCUUUCAUAUUCUUGAAGAAGAAGAAGACAAAGGCAAAUGAAGAUGAGGAGGAUUUUCUAGAUCACGUACAAGGAAUGCCCACUAGAUUUUCUUACGAUGAUCUAAAGGCUGCAACGGAAAAUUUUACCAAGAAGCUUGGUGAAGGAGGAUUUGGAUCAGUUUUUGAAGGGUGCUUAGAAGAUGGGAAAAAAAUUGCAGUGAAAUGCCUUGACGGAAUAGGACAAAUCAAAAAAUCAUUCUUAGUUGAGGUUGAAACUAUUGGCAGCUUACAUCAUGUAAACUUGGUGCAACUGAUCGGCUUCUGUGCUGAGAAAUCUCAUAGGCUUUUAGUAUACGAGUUCAUGAGCAAUGGAUCACUAGAAAAAUGGAUCUACCAUGGGAAACAAGAGCUUACUCUUGAUUGGAACUGUAGGAGGAGGAUUAUUCAAGACAUAGCAAAAGGAUUAUCCUACCUUCAUGAAGAAUGCAGGCAAAAGAUUCUGCAUUUGGAUAUUAAGCCCCCAAACAUACUCCUAGAUGAGAAGUACAAUGCGAAACUCUCCGACUUUGGUCUUGCAAAGCUAAUUGAUCGAAAUCAGAGCCAAGUCAUGACAAUGAUGAGAGGCACUCCUGGUUAUUUGGCUCCUGAAUGGCUUAGUGGCAUUAUAACUGAAAAGGUAGAUGUCUACAGCUUUGGCAUUGUGAUCUUGGAAAUUUUGAGUGGAAGAAGGCAUUUUGAAGCAUCUGAGACUGAAGACCAACAGGUAAUGGUAAACUUAUUCAGGAAAAAGGCAGAGGAAGGGCAGUUGGCGGAUCUUAUUGAUAAGCACAGUGACGAUAUGUUGUUUCACAAAGAAGAAGUAAUAAAGAUGAUGCAGAUUAGUGCCUGGUGUUUACAAAGUGAUCACACAAAGAGGCCAUCAAUGUCAAUGGUGGUCAAGUCCAUGGAGGGUGUUUUGGACGUUGAAAAAGAUCUAGACUACAGCUUUAAACCACAAAUUGUGAAUGGAAUACCAAAUAUUAGUUUUGUAGAUUCAACUCCUUUACUACCUUCGGUCCUAUCAGGUCCAAGGUGAGGAGGAAGUUCCUUGGAAUUUUUGUUAAUUUCUAGUUUUGCUACUUUUAGAGUGGGUUAGAGUCCAAACAUUGGUUCGGUAAUAGACCGGUGGUUUGCUUAUAAGGACUUGCACAAUCCUUACAUCAUAAGCUAGUUACGGUGUUGAGUUAGGCCUAAGUGCCAUAUCUUUACAGCCACAAUUGUCAAGUAUGUGUUAGUUUCUCUAAUGUUGAUGAAGUUAUUAUUGUUUUCUUCAAA